AUGGUGCCUUAUGCAGAACUGGUGGUGCCUAAUACAGAACUGGUGGUUACUUAUGCAGAACUGGUGGUGACUUAUGCAGAACUGGUGGUUACUUAUACAGAACUGGUGGUGACUUAUGCAGAACUGGUGGUUACUUAUGCAGAACUGGUGGUGACUUAUGCAGAACUGGUGGUGACUUAUGCAGAACUGGUGGUUACUUAUACAGAACUGGUGGUGACUUAUGCAGAACUGGUGGUUACUUAUGCAGAACUGGUGGUGACUUAUGCAGAACUGGUAGUGCCUUAUACAGAACUGGUGGUUACUUAUGCAGAACUGGUGGUGACUUAUGCAGAACUGGUAGUGCCUUAUACAGAACUGGUGGUGACUUAUGCAGAACUGGUGGUUACUUAUGCAGAACUGGUGGUGACUUAUGCAGAACUGGUGGUUACUUAUACAGAACUGGUGGUGACUUAUGCAGAACUGGUGGUUACUUAUGCAGAACUGGUGGUGACUUAUGCAGAACUGGUGGUGACUUAUGCAGAACUGGUGGUUACUUAUACAGAACUGGUGGUGACUUAUGCAGAACUGGUGGUUACUUAUGCAGAACUGGUGGUGACUUAUGCAGAACUGGUAGUGCCUUAUACAGAACUGGUGGUGCCUUAUACAGAACUGGUGGUUACUUAUGCAGAACUGGUGGUGACUUAUGCAGAACUGGUGGUGCCUAAUACAGAACUGGUGGUUACUUAUGCAGAACUGGUGGUGCCUAAUACAGAACUGGUGGUGACUUAUGCAGAACUGGUGGUGCCUAAUACAGAACUGGUGGUUACUUAUGCAGAACUGGUGGUGCCUAAUACAGAACUGGUGGUUACUUAUGCAGAACUGGUGGUGACUUAUGCAGAACUGGUGGUGACUUAUUCUGAACAUGUGGUGCCUUAUUCAGAACUGUGGUGCCUUAUGCAUAACUGGUGGUGCCUUAUGCAGAACUGGUGGUGCCUUAUGUAG